AUGUCUAUUAAAGCAAUUGACAAUGCCUCGGUUCAUAGAAUCACUUCUGGCCAGGUGAUUGUGGAUUUGGCCACUGUAGCCAAGGAACUCGUCGACAACUCUCUGGAUGCUGGUGCCACUAGGAUUGAAGUCAAAUUUCGUAACUAUGGACUUGAUUCGAUAGAGGUCGCUGACAAUGGCCAUGGUAUCAAGUUAGAGGAUUAUGAAAGCAUUGCCAGAAAACACUACACAUCCAAAUUGAGAAAAUUCGAGGACGUUGAAACUGUUCAGACUCUUGGGUUUAGAGGUGAGGCCAUGAGCUCACUAUGUGCUCAAGCUGAUGUGUCUUUGGUUACUUCCACACCAGGAAAUAGUGGUCCAGCUACAAAACUAGUAUUUGAUCAUUCGGGAGAGGUAGUGUCAAAAACUAAUGUUCCGGGCACACAGGGAACAACUGUGACGGUUUGCAAUAUGUUUGAAAUAACCCCAGUCCGUCGCAAAUUCCUCGAAAAAAACCACAAGCGCCAAUUCGCAAAAGCUUUGAAUUUGCUUCAGGAGUAUGCUGUUAUUUCCAAGGGUGUCACAUUUACAUGCUCUCAUAUAACUGGAUCCGGUAACAACGCCAAGAAUGGAGUACUCAUUAAGAGCACUGGCACUGACCUACGAGAUAAUAUAAUUAGUGUAUUUGGUGCUACUUCCAUUGUAAAUUUGGUUCCGUUUACCUUGAAAUUAGAAUUCACGUCCAAUUCGAUUCUUAAGGACAAGGUUCAUGAUUCACAGGCUAGUUGUGUUGGGUACAUUUCUCAGCCUGUUCAUGGCAAGGGUCGCAAUGCUACAGAUAGGCAGUUCUUUUUUAUUAAUUCUAGGCCCUGUCUUCUUCCCAAAGCUGCAAAAGCCAUUAAUGAAGUCUAUCGUCAAUUCAAUACAACUCAAUCACCCUGUGUUUUUUGUAAUUUUAUUCUCGACCCCUUGAACUUCGACGUCAAUGUGUCUCCUGAUAAGAGAACCAUUCUGAUCCAUCAGGAAACUGUCUUGAUUGAGUGCUUAAAGGAGCAAUUAUCUGAAUUCUUUGAGUCGUCGGUCACUAGUGUCCCGAGAAAAGCUGAAAGAUCGCCUCUAAAUAAUGGCUCGACGUUUAUGUCACUGACGGCUAGGUUUCGAGAGGCUGCACAAGAAAGUGUGAGGGUCAUUCAAAAUGGACAUGGCAACGAUUCGGAUGAUGCUGAAGGUGUCAGAGCAAUUAUGAGCACCAGAAUGACCCGUAGUCGCAAAAAUAGUGAUCAAGCAUCUGACUCAGAGUCCGACUCAGAGUCUGACUCAGAAUCUGCUAGAUCCCAAUCGGAUUCUGAAGAUGAGAGCGAGGCCAGAAAUAUCAGACAGCAACGAGCAGUGGGUAACAAAGUCGACAAUAAUAGUGAUCGUAGUGAUACUAUCUCAUCGAAAAGCGAUAUCGAGCGAACGAUGUCAAGAGCUGCUCGCAGAGUUCGCACCAACCCUACUAUUCAUAGUGAGGCUGCUGACGGUAGUAAGUCUUCUUCUCUAGUCGAAAUUGAAAUCAGCCCAGUGAGUGAGCAACCUUCGAAAACAACUGAGGAUGAUUCUAUGGAAGAUGAAAGAGAAGUAGAUGACUCCGAAGCCAAUGGUCAUGAUGACGCACAAACUGUAGAAGCGAAUGAGUCGGCUGGUGAGACUGUCGAUAAUGAAGAUGUUGUGGUGAAACCGGAACCAUUGUCACAAACCAAACGUACUCGCCCUUCGUCAUCCGACGAAACAGCCUCUAAGCCUGCUGUCAAGCGUCAGGAUAGUUCCGGUCGAAAAAUAGAGUUUCCAAUCACAUCCGCCAAGUAUCAAACUCUCAAUUGCAAUGUCUCUGUCAAAACUUCGACUAGCGAAAUAUUAAAUGGCUGGUCGCAAAUCGUUUCAGCUCGGUCACAAUUGAGGACUCAAGCUAAUGACCAUAAAAACUCACUGUCUGUGAAAAGAGUGGAUAUAGAUGGAGAUACUGAUCAAGUAGAGCGAAGGCUUAAUAUGGUCAUCAGAAAAGACGAUUUUAAUAAUAUGAAAGUCAUUGGCCAAUUUAAUCUUGGUUUUAUUAUUGUCUCGAAGCAGAACGAUGACGGAAGUUCUGAUUUGUUUAUUAUUGAUCAGCAUGCUAGUGAUGAGAAAACCAACUUCGAACGGUUACAACAGGAAACUGUUCUGCAGCAUCAGCCUCUAGUGACACCUAGGCAGCUAAAUCUCACUGCAGUUGAAGAGCUGGUCCUUAUAAAAAAUAUCGGCCUGCUUCAAAAAAAUGGUUUCUCUGUAGCAAUCGACGAGUCUGUCUUGCCAGGAACUCAGUGUAAACUUCUGUCUCUGCCGUUCAGUAAAAAUACCGUCUUCGAUGAAAACGAUCUUACCGAACUUUUGAAUCUAAUUAGUGAGUCUCCAGGUAAUCAAUCAGUACGAUGUUCCAAAGUUCGUGCUAUGUUUGCUAUGAGAGCGUGUCGGACUAGCAUCAUGAUCGGGCAGUCACUCAGUAGAGCCACCAUGGAACGGGUUGUCCAGGGCCUCUCCAAACUAAACAAACCUUGGAGCUGUCCCCACGGUAGACCCACUUUACGGCAUAUAACCUCGAUCGACCAAUGGAGCGGUUACAGCGACGACAUGAUCUAA